AUGGAUAUUGACGGUGGAAAUUUUGGCUAUGCAAUGGAGCCUGCACAGCCCACGGCUUCAAGAAUUUUAUGUUGUGAAUGUGGCGUCCCUACCGAGCCUAAUGCGGCAGCAAUGUGUAUGGAUUGUAUCAAAUUAAAAGUCGAUGUUACAACCGGAAUUACUCGUGAGGGUACCAUCAAUCACUGCCGUGAAUGUGAACGUUACAUGCAACCUCCAAACCAUUGGAUUUUGGCACCCAACGAAUCUCGAGAGCUGAUGGCCAUUUGCUUGAAAAAACUUCGUGGCUUAAAUCAGGUCCGGUUAAUUGAUGCUAACUUCAUUUGGACCGAGCCUCAUUCCAGAAGACUGAAGCUCAAGCUUACAGUCCAAAAAGAAGCUUUCACUAAUACCAUUUUACAACAGGCUUUUCAGGUUGAAUUCGUUGUAAACAACACACAAUGUCCUGACUGUGCUCGUACAUACACCCCUCAUAUCUGGAGAGCAGUUGUUCAAUGUCGUCAAAAGGUGCUCCAUAAACGUACAUUCUUGUAUCUUGAACAAGUUAUUCUGAAGAACCGUGCACAUUUGGUUACUGUUAACAUUAAAGAAACCAAGGAUGGUAUCGAUUUUUUCUUUGCUCAAAGAGCCCACGCAACUAAGAUGAUUGAGUUCUUAAGUAGUGUUGUACCUAUCCGCUUUAAGACCAGUGAAGAACUUAUUAGUGAAGACUUCAAAUCUAACACUGCCAAUUAUAAGUUUACAUACUCUACUGAGAUUGUACCCAUUUGCAAGGAGGACCUCGUUUGCUUGCCCAAGCCGGUCGCUAAGGCACAUGGUAGUAUUGCGCAACUCGUCUUGUGUAUCAAGGUUGGUCCUUCACUUCGUUUUAUGGAUCCAUUGACUUUGCAUACUGCGGAUAUGUUGCCUGCUUCUUACUGGCGCUCACCCUUCCCUUCGUUGGCGGAUCUUACUGAACUUACCGAGUUUAUUGUAGCCGACGUUGACUUCCUUGGUCCCACGAACGGAAAAUACGCUCUUGCUGAUGUUGAACUCAUCAAGUCGUCUGAUGGAUCCACUCAUAUCACUCGUACUCAUCUUGGCUCCUUACUAAAUGCAGGUGAUACGGUCAUGGGUUAUCAUUUAUCUGUCACAAAUUUCAAUAAUGAAGUUUUUGACACCUUAAAGGAAGAGACUAUUCCUGAGAUUGUGCUAGUCAAGAAAACCUUCCCUCGCAAAAGCAGGAACCGUAACUGGAAGCUUAAAUCUAUUGGCAUGCAACAAGCUGAAGACCUUAAAAAACAAGAUGUUGACCGUCAAGAGCAUGACUACGAAAUAUUCUUGCGCAAUUUGGAAGAAGAUCCUGAGCUUCGUCAAGGCGUUAAUCUCUAUAAGAGUAACACUCCAAAGGCCUCAGCUAACGAUGCUGAAAUGGAUGAGGAAGACGAAGUCGACGAAAAUGUUCCUCCUAUUUCUGUCGAUGAACUUUUGGAUGAUGUUGAGUCAAUGCGUAUUUAA